AUGGACCUGGCGCUGCAGCAACGGGAUGAGGUCGACCACAACACCGAGCUGACGCAUGCCAAACCCGACACGAGACCCGCUGCCGCCAACGCCAACGCCAACCAAGACGACGACGACCACCGGGAGACGACGCCCAAGAUGUUGGCCCACGAUUCCAUGGUCACUGUCAGGCUUUCCGAGCCGCCUACUCUGACCCUCGACACCAAUGUUGGCCCCGAUUCACCCCCGAGGAGGAGACCUAGCACUGUCAAGAUUGAAAAGCUUCCCUUCCCGACAGAGACGCUAGAGGUCAAGGCUCAGAAUCAGCCAGAGGACGAGACCGACAACACGCCACCGAGCGACCCUACGACGCCGUUACCUGUUACGAACGCUACUCGGAAUCUUCAAGACGAGCUUGUGGACUGCGAGGACGAGGCCGAAGAAGAGGGAGACCGCAUCACUUCACUACCAGCUAGGGGAACCCUACUCGAGACGCCCAUAGAAUUUAAGAGGCCCGUGGUGGACGAAGCUGAAGAAGAGGACGAGGAGGAAGUCAAUUGGGACGAACUGCAGAAAUCCGAAGCACAAGAACCUAGGGACGCGGAUACAGACAGAUCUACAGCCAUGUUGCUGGCCAUGCUAGAGCAGGAAAACGAUAAGUUGGCGACGAACCCCAAGACCAUCAAAGUUCAAGCCGUGGAACAAGUGGCCGCUUCCAAUCGCCCGAGACCGCCAUCAAUGGCACAAUUACGACACAUGGUCCACGGGCCAACGCCACCGGCAUUGCGAUACUCGAUGCUCCCGCCGCCACCAAUGACCGAUCUCGAGUUUUACGCCGCAUUGGUCAAGGACUAUCAACAGACGGCAGCUCGAUUGCCAACGCUUCUAUCGAACAAGAUACGCAAAGGCAUCCCCCCUCCGCUACGAGGCGUUGUAUGGCAAAGCAUGGCAGGCGCAAGAGAUUCCGCACUCGAGGAGCAGUACGAGCGAUUCACGGGCGAGUCGAGCCCCUACGAGCCCAUUAUCGGCAAGGACCUCGGUCGGAGUUUCCCUGGAGUCGACAUGUUUCGCGACCCCGAGGGCGACGGACAACGCAUGCUCGGCCGGGUUCUCAAAUGCUUCAGUCUCUACGAUACGAAAAUUGGUUACUGUCAAGGGCUGGCUUUUCUUGUUGGCCCUCUCUUGAUGCACAUGCCCGAUAAACAGGCAUUUUGUGUUUUAGUCCGAUUGAUGGAACGAUAUGAUCUGCGAAGCUGUUUCCUGCCAGACCUGUCAGGACUGCAUGUCCGCAUCUACCAGUUUCGAGAGCUUCUUCGAGAGCACAUGACACCAGUAUCGAACCAUCUGGAGGAAUUGCAAGUCGAUCCGGCGUACGUUUCACAAUGGUUCCUCAGCUUUUUUGCUGUUACAUGUCCCCUGCCGAUGCUGUUUCGCAUCUACGAUGUCAUCUUUGCCGAGGGGGCCCCGGAGACCCUGAUGCGGGUCGCCCUAUCCCUGAUGCAGAAGAAUCAGGCCCGGAUUUUAGCGUGCACCGAGCUCGAGGAUGUCAUGCAACUUCUCCUUUCGAGGGGUCUGUGGGAUUGCUACCAUUACAACGCAGAUGAAUUUGUGCAGGACUUUGUCAGUUUAUCGGGCGUUGUCACCAGAGAGACAUUGCUACAGUUGGAGCAGGGGUACAGAGACGCGCAAAUUGCUAGCGCUAAUGCGGCGCGUUCCUCCGACGUGACCACUGCAGCCUCCCGAUUCCUCGGCCGCAUUUGGGCUUCCUCCACCAUCAUCUCCCCGAAGUCCUCCUCCACCCUCAGCCCGGGCCUCACCGCUCCGUCACGGCCUUUGAGCAUGCUGCGCAGGAGCACAUCGAAGCAGAGCCUGGCCUCCACCCUCAAUUCGAUGGAAGCCAGCUCCGUCAGCGUUCUCAGUUCUGCAUCCACCGAAGCCACCACCGUCUCCCGAGAUUCAUCAAACACCGACAGCGCAUCCAUCCGCGAAUCGACGCCCAUCCCUAGCGGCGGCAAGGCCUUCAAUGGCGGCAAGAACAACAAGGAGAAUGCACUGCACAACCAGAUCGAGGACCUCCUCACUGCACUGACCGAAUUGCAACGAAACCAUGCAUCGCUCGCAAACGAACUCCAAAAGGAACGGGAACAGCGCGAGGACGAUAAGCAGGCCGUCCGGUCGCUACUGGACGGUCUGCGCAAGAAGGCCAGCAACGACUCUGUCGGUACCGAUGCGAGCGUCGAUACUCUCAAGGCGACCGAUGACCCCGCAAAUGAGGCACGCGAGGGAGGCGAGGGAGAUGUGUCCACUGCCAAGACAGGCGAGCAAGAUACCCCGUCACCAGGAGACCUAUCACAACUCCUCGAUAAUGUCGAAGAACGAUUUGGGCGCCAUCCCGGCGGCGGCGUCGAACGCAGAAUGUCCAGAGGCGAAUCCAAAUCGCAAAUGCAACAGGAAUUGCAGCAACUCAAGGACCAGCUCGCCAGCGCGGUAUCACAGUCUCAGGACUACAACCGAAAAAUGCACGACCUAGAACAAGAAAUUACAACACUCAAGGAUCAAGUGCGGGAAUCCCACUCGCAUACCCGCAUCUUGCACCAGGACAAACAGCGACUGGAGAAGCAAAUACACACGAUGAGAGCGCGGGCAUCCGCCGCCGGUGCGGAGAGUAAUACUCAGCCCGAUGGUGAUUCGCCUGUGAGGAAGAGUUCUGCUAGUGGUGCGAGCGGCUUGAGAGAGUUGAAGCUUGGUAGGAGCAAGUCAACCCCGUCCCAAGCUGGAUCGAUAUUCAGCAAGCGUUCCUCGUCAAUGCCGAAGCCUCACGACUCGACGCCACCACCGGCUACACAGGCGCCGCCUCCCGUGCCGGCUCCGCCACCGACGGAUGACCAGCACGAGGCGUUGCUGUUGGAGCUCGUGCAGGCCAAGACUUCCGAAGCUAUCGCCAGGCAAGAGGCCGAAGAGACGAAACAGAAGCUUGAGAGCUUAAGAAAGGCAUACAGCCUCGUUACUGGAGAGGCAGCACAGGCACAACCUGCAGCAACGGCGGCAGGAGCGGCAGCGUCAGCGGCCAUGGGCGUAUUUGGUCGCCUCACGGGAGCAGCGGCAGAGCCCGUCAAGCCCGUCAAGCCUACCACGCCGACGCCCGCCCCAGCAGCAGCAGCAGCCGCCGCAGCAGCUCCCGCGCCCGCGGCGGGAGGCUUCUGGGGUUGGAGGAGAUAA